ACGUGGAGAAUGUGUGCAGUCUGUGGUGAAAAGUUUUCAGUCAGUUGCGUAUCGCAAGUAAUAUUAUUUUAGGAUUUCAUAAUAAAAAUAAAUAGCCGGUUUACAGGUUUGAAAUGUUCAAAAAUAAUUCACGUGUAAAACAAUGUCGGACUGGUAUUGGCGGGUAAUUGCUUUGAAGGCAACAUUUGCGUUAACUUUUAUUUUUUGUAAUGUACGUGCCGAGGAUACUGUGCAAAAGUUACCGUACUGCAAUCCUACUAUUGAAAAGGACGAUACAAAUCUAAACGACCUAGUGAUUGUAAGCACUCUCGAUGGCAGAUUAACAGCAUUCUCUACUGAAAAUGGCAUAAAAGCGUGGGAUCUUGAAACACAACCUUUAUUAUCAUCCAAUUUACACCAUGUCGAGCUCACUUCAGGAGGCAAGUGGGUCCGCCUGGUGCCGUCCCUCAGCGGGUCCCUGUACAGCGUCAGUGGCGACAACAUCGAGCCACUGCCCUUUGACGCUGAACAACUGCUGUCUUCAUCAUUCAAGUAUUCGGACGACUUGGUCAUAGCUGGUUCUCGCGAGACCCUCUGGUUCGGCCUCGAUGCUCACACAGGCGGUAUUAUAUACGAGUGUGGCUCCGGAGGAUGCAGUACCGAGCAGCAGACGGCGUACGCCGGCCGUGACGUCAUCGUGCUGCGGAGGCAUUCCAACACCGUUAGGGCCUUGGACCCGAGGACUGGGAGUGAGAAAUGGAACUUCAGCGUAGCGGAGCACCGCAUGGCGCUGAGCCGUCGCGAGUGUGCCGGGACCCCGCCGAGUUCGGUCCCCGUCACUGUGGCCGUGGCGCUGCCUGAGGGAGUGGUGGCCGUCAAGGAUACCACGGGGACCAGGAUCUCGUGGAAGCAGAAGCUGGACGCGCCAGUAGCAGGCAUGUGGCGUCUGCACGCGGGGUCGCUGCAGGCCAUCGACGUGCUGUGGGAGGCCACGCAGACCCUCAUACAGGGGGACCUCGCGCAGCAACCCUCGCUCUACAUCGGGGUGCAUGACACACAGCUCUACAUACAAGAAAGCCAAUACUACUCCCGCAAGCUAGAAACCACAGUAUCAGCGAAACCGUUGCCAUGGAAACUGGUGACGGCGCGACCGCAGAUCGAAGCUGAGACAUUGGACAAUGGACAAACUGCUUUAUCCAUACAAGACGCGGAUCCCAACGCGUUGUCUCUGAUCACCCUGUACGGGAAUACUGGAAAACAAAUUGGAGACCACGGCUACUUCGUGUACCUGCAAGAAACGUGCGACCAGUCCGUCCAAGUGUCGGACGACAUCUUCGACUCGCCCAACAUCAGCGAGGACAUGUCGGACCAACACCACAUACACGUCCAUGUAUCCUCGCUCUGGUACUGGUGGAAGGAAGUACUCCUGAUUGCUGUAUCCUCGGCCCUGCUGAUGAAUCUGAUGAUCUGGCCCAGAAUGUUCGCGCCUAAGCUACCCCCCUCACCGCUGCCGACUAGCAAUGAGCAGGUGAUAGUCCAAGUAUACAACUGGCCUUCAGAGAAGCCAGGUCCGAGUCGUCCAAGUAUCGCGGAGUACUCCGGGCGGUACGAGACCGACUUCACGUCGGUGCGGUGUUUGGGCCGCGGCGGCUUCGGCGUCGUCUUCGAGGCCAAGAACAACAUCGACGAUUGCUCUUACGCUGUUAAGAGGAUUACGUUGCCUAGGAGGGAAUCGAAACGCGACCGAGUGCUGCGCGAAGUGCGAGCCCUGGCGAAGUUGGACCACGAGCACAUAGUGCGGUACUUCAACGCCUGGGUCGAGGAGCCCCCGCCGGACUGGCAGCGACAGAGGGACGCCGAGCUCAUGAAACAACUAGAAGGUGUAUCGGUAGCAAUGUCGGACGAGUACACGGCUACAUCGCCCGUCCCGGCCAAAUCAAGGCACGGUGACGUCAGGCUCAAUCUCAACAAGUCUGCUGACUACACCGAGCCUAGCAAGCGGCCUAGGUCGCUAAGCUGCAACGAUUCAUUCAGCAUAGUUUUCGAUCCGAAUGCUCCGUCCACGGCCGAGGUGACGAGCUCCGCCCCGUCCGUGCCCCCCCAUGUCACCAAUGACGACGACUCUUUCAUAGUCUUCGCUCACUCACAAGAGGGCGCAGAGGGCACCAACGGGGAGGAAACUGUAGAACACAAUUCCUCUUAUGAUCGGAGGCUAGAGAGGGUCAAGGAGUGUGAUUAUAAGACUGAGAGCUCUUGUACGGGGAAGAAAAAGAAGGGCCACACGCGGCACUGGUCCCUGGACAUGGUGGUGCGCGACGCUGGGAGCCAGCCCCCGCGCGGGGCGGGCGGCGAGAUGUACCUGUACAUACAGAUGCAGCUGUGUCGCCGGGACAGUCUGCACGACUGGCUGCGGGACAACCGCUGCUGCCAGGGAAGGGCGGAGAAGGUAAAAGUGCUGUUCAGUCAAAUAGUAUCAGCCGUGGAGUACGUCCACCUAGCUGGACUGAUACAUCGCGACCUGAAGCCCAGCAACAUUCUGUUCGCGCCGGACGGCCGCGUCAAGGUCGGGGACUUCGGGCUCGUCACCGCCAUGACGGACACCUCGCAGGACGGAGACACCGCGCAGGUCAUGGAUGUACACCAACGGCAUACGUAUAGAGUCGGUACCCACCUGUACAUGUCCCCGGAGCAGCUGUGUAGCCGUCCGUACAGCUACAAGGUGGACAUCUACUCGCUGGGGCUGCUCCUGUUCGAGCUGCUGCAGCCCUUCCACACGGAGGCCGAGCGCGUCGCCUGCCUCACCAAACUCAGGGAACAUAUCUACCCGCCAGACUUCGUCCGGGAGUAUCCUGAGGAGACGGAGGUCCUAAAAAUGAUGCUAAGCGAGGACCCAUCGAAGAGGCCCACGGCGACCGGAGUCAGGGCCCGCGCGCCCCUGUACCAGCAAACUAAUCCGGACUACCACUUCGUAUUACCGGCUAUGGCCGCUGCGUAAUACCGUAACUUUAAUAGGUAUAUAUUGAAAAUAAUGCUUUUACUUCCCCGAAGGGGUAGGCAGAGGUGCACAUAAUUUACCGUUUAAAACUUGUGCGCAUAAAAACAAGGUACAAUAUCCAUUAUCAAGAGUCCAGAACAGCCACUGUUCCAAUUUAAUUAAAUAGUUUUUUUUUUUCUCAAAGUGUUCCAUAACUUCGUAAACGGACUUAUAACAGAGUUGCCGUUGAGUUUUUGGGCAUUCUGUAUAUGAGUAAAAGAGAUAUACUUUUAAUAAUUAUGUGUAGGUACACCUCUGUUUACCCCCCUAAACUGCCGUUUCUGCCGGCAAACGGCACUUUCAUAAGGAGAACGGAUUAUCACAUUAUGAACUAAGAAAUUAUUUUACCAUGAGAGGUAAGCAAUCUUGAGGCUUGGAGACAUAGUUAUAAGAGCUAUUUUACUUUGAAUCAGUUCCGAACAGUUGCGGAAAAGUAUACUUUAUUACCAAUAAAUUAAAAAUACUUGACGAUGUUUGCUGUUAACCAGUUUGCGACCUUAUAAACGUAUUUGUAAGGAUGAUAAUACUUUGAAGUACAUAUAUUAAACUAAAGAUAUAAUAAAAUACGUUUGCAGAAACUCUUAGAUAAAAUGUGUUAAUAAAAUAGCCACUAUUCUAACGAAAAUAGAGUAUAAAUUACAAUAAAAUAAUACCAGUGAAGCCUAUAUAAAACGGGCCCCAUUAAUUUAUUCUUAUGUUUAGGUAUAAUUUAUUUUCUCUAACAAUAAGCACGGUUUACGUAUUUCGAAAGCAUUUACUGCUAUUGUAUGCAGCUACUGUCAUUUUCCAUUAAAACAAUAAAUCUUAGAAGUACGAAAGUAUAAAACUAUGAAAGAAAUUGUACAAGUGACAAAAAAUCAAUCAAUCUUUUUAUAAAAUAAAAAAUCAAUCUUUUAAUAAAGAUAUUACACGUUCUUCAAUAGAUUUUCAUCACUAUCCCAAUAUAAUAAAGUUUAAAAUCACUUUGAUUCAUCUCUAGAGAUAGCUUUUAGUUUCUUUUGCACCGAUAUGUUACUGAAAUUAAUCAUUUUCAACAAGAUUGAGUUGUACUGUAAAUUCUAUUUAACUCACUCUCACACACUCAUUUUUAAGACUAUGAUUAUUAAACUUUUUUAAUGAUCAAAAGCCUAUAAGUUGGCCACUGCCUACCAAACGCCUCUUCAGACACGGAGAUUUGAGCAUUAAUCACCAAGCUUGCUGAAUGCGGGUUGGCGAUUUCAAACUUAUAAUAAUUUAGAAAUUAUAAACCCAUAUUUCCUCAAAAUGUUUUCCUUCACCGUUUGCCAGUGGUGUCUAAAUAAUCUUAGAAAGUAUAUAUAACUUGAAAAAAGUAACAUUGGUACUUGCCGUUGGUAGGUUUCAUGAAAAAAAGCGGGUGUCAUAAACACACAUUUUUACUUUAAAUUUUCUUAGAUACUUAUAAUAAAUAAAUAACUGUAACCAAUUUAAAUAAAAUUAAAACAGUAUUCUUAUUGAAAAUGAUUGAUUGUUAUAAGCAAUAAAUAGUCAUAAACUAAGUAUAAAUGUACAGUUAGUCAAAUUAUUUAGUACGCAGUUGAUUACAGGGCUUAAGUACAUUUUAGCUGUAACCCACUUUGUACCUUAUGACUCUAAGGUUUAAGUGCAAAAUUGCUAAAAAGUACUUUGGUCCUUAUAAGGCUUAUAGUUGCACUCAGUCAUUUAAUGAUUACUUAAACUGCUUAGUAACGGUGUGACUGCAUUUCUUUUUUUUUUGAGGGGGAAAAUCAUCCAAUGACUUCUCCCGCCUUGGGCGAGGCGAGAGGGAGUGUCAGACUCUUACUGACUAAAAACCACCCCGUUCCUCUCCUGCUUUUCGAGCCGGAGCGCCGGUAACCCGCUAGAUAGUCCGCAGCUCCGGAUCAGGGUGUGACUGCCUACCAAAUAAAUUGACUGAUUGUAUACAAGUAAUUGUAUUGUAUUAAUUAAGGAACGUAAGACUGGAGAUGGGUAUUGUCGGAAUGUUGUCAUUAUUAUAUUUUUAAUAUUAAAUAUUAAUAAUUAAUAAUAUGUACCUACUUUGUUAGAUAUAUUUUUGAAGUGUCAAAAGAUGAUUUUGAUUGCGAUAGUCGAUUAUGGUAAGCGUCCGCAGAUCCGUAUCGUACGCAUCGCACGCAACGGAUUUUAGUUUGUCUUGUAUAGACACUCAUACAACUGCGUCCACUGAUCCGCAUCGUACGGACCGCAUCAUCGGCAAUGCCUACAUGCGAUGCGUACUGAUGACGUCAUACGGAAUGCGUACGAUGCGUGCGAUGCGGGCCUUUGGACACUUACCUUUAACCGCCGUAUUCAGUCAUUUAAUGGUUAUUUAACCCAGUCCUUAGCAAUUGUUUUCGAUACAAAAUCGUUACUAAGGAAUAGUUUAAGUAAUCAUAAAAUGUCUCUGAGUGCGGCAAUAAGUGGUUGUUAGCGCAACUUCCGAGUAGAAUUCGGGUUCGACUCCCAGGUCGGGAAAGGGACUUAUUAUUGAGGUUUUGAUAGUUUGUCUACGAUAUAUGAUAGACUCCCUUACUACGUGGGAUUCAUCACAUAGCUGGCGAUGUGGGUGUUAUAUACCCCUUUAGGGGAUGUUGUAAUUUUAAGUUUAUGUAAAAGGAAAGUUUACCAAAAUGUGUGCAUAGUAGUUUACCUAACUUAGAGGGAACUGUGUUGAUCUUUGAAGUCUAACUUUUAUAUAUAAAACUAAAAGCGUUGUUACAAAUCUGCACUUUGGAGGCGGUGGGGCUUAAGUACAUUUUAGCUGUAACCCACUUUGUACCUUAUGACUCAAGGUUUAGGUGCAAAAUUGCUAAAAUUACUUUGAUCCUUAUAAGGUCAAGGCUUAGUGUGAAAUUGUAAUUUGGUCCUUAUGAUUAUGUCUAUAAGGUGCAGAGUUAAUUGACUAUGGAUUUGACAAUCACAGGCGUUAGUUUGUAUUAGAAUACUCUGUAACUAUUAAGAGAUUAUUCUUAAAUUACAUGCUUUUGUUGAAGUCGGUUAAAGUAAAAUGCUGAUAUUUGUAAGGAAUAUUGUUAGGUAUUGGUACUGUAUUGCGUUUGUGAUUCGAUCACAUUCCUAUUGUAAGUGUAAUAUAUUAGCUAUAAGGCUAAAUAAAUGAAUGAUCAUGUGA